AUCAACCUACCGUUUUAUGGGUUUAUGAAUAGAGAAUAAAGAUAUGAAAAACGGUUUUAAGUAUAAAAAUGGACCAAAAUAAUUGAAGCUUAAAUGAUGAUGAGUAUAAAUGGUAUUUAGGGUUGGAGAGAAAGUGGGGUAUGUUGAACCAUGUGCGUCCAUGUGCUCUGUCUUUCUCUUCUAGCCCCACUCUUAAUUUCACUUCUUUUCCUUUGAUCCAAUAAAUGCCUCCACACUCUCAUUUCUUCUAUUAAUUCUCUUCUUCAAUCUAAUCUCUCUCCCUCUCUCGCCUUUUCUCAUUUAUUUCUAGGGUUUAAGUUUCAGACACAAUCGAGCUACUUGGAUAUCUAAAAACAGAAACAAGCGUAAGGAUGAACACGUACAACAUGGUGAAGCAAAGAUUUAUCAAGAAAUGGAUAAAUACUCUCCACAUGUUAGAUUCUUCUAUUGAACAUCCUUUGAACGUAACCGAGAGGAAAAAUGCGAUUAGACUAUCAUCAGACUUAGCCAUCGCAGCCACUAGAAGCGGCUCUACCGUAUGGAGCCGCGCUCUCAUCUCUAGGAGCGGAAACAAGACAACAAACAAACCAAUGGCUCGUCGAAUACUAAAAAAAGCUCGAAAUCGGAUGAAGAACCGUUGUAACACUCUUAGACGAAAUGGUAAUUUCACGGCAAAAAGUGGGACGAGAAAACGUACGGAUUUGCUUAAGAGUCUUGUACCGGGAGGCGAGGUAAUAGACGAUAAAGAUUAUUUGAUAAGAGAGACACUUGAUUACAUUGUCUAUCUCCGAGCGCAAGUAGACGUCAUGCGAACCGUCGCAGCCAUCGAUUUAGUCACCGGGAAUUUAACCAACGAUCGUAGGAACAAAUAAAUCUUAAAUAAAAUGGAUGUUCAAAAGAGCUAUUCCUGGAAAAUGUUGUUUACAUAAGUGAUAUGAUGCGGUUCGGUACGAAUUUUUCGUGCCAAAUUAUCCGCUUUUACAUUUGCGCUACGCAGAAUUAAAGAUAAAGAAAAAUUAGAAAAUUAUUCCUUGUCACUCUUCAAAUCUUCCAAAUACACUGAGAAGGCCGGCCAUUCGGUUGGGGAAGAUAUCAUCUUCACCAAAUCUGAACAGUCUGUAAAGAAAACUAUAUCUUGGUUGUCAGCACCAAUCAUACACUUCAUCGCCCAGAGUAGAGCUUCGACUUUUGUAUGUAGGGGGGAUAGACUUCGCCGGAUGUUUGCAGCUCCCAUGGUUGACAUCUCUCCAUUUGCCGAUGUACAGUACCACUCUGUUCCUGAAAAAAUAUAUGUCCUUCACCAUGAUCUAUCUACGAAACACCGAUGUCCGGAGUAUAACAAAUUUCUAAUGAAUUAUCGAGUAAUGCUGGUGUACAUUUAUGGGCUAAUUUCAUAUUAUAAAUUAAAAGAGCACCUGUAUAUU